UUAUUACUCAUUUAUUUAUAAUAUAUGUUUUGGUGAAAGAGACCUUAAACGGCAAAGAGACAGACACAAAACGCUAAAACCAGAAGAGGUGGUGGAAAGCUCCCAAUGGUCACAACGAAAGGCAGGACAAAGCCACUCGCCAAGAGCCUCUCCCUUUCUUCUUCUCUCAAACCCUUUUGUCACAUACUUGUGUAGAUUAUAUAUAACUACCUCUUUUGCUCAUUGAAAAGAUAGCUUUCCCUUUCCAUCCCACAAAACUGAUGAUGACAACGCCAGCCAUGGCUAAUCAUAUCCUUCAAGGUGUUAAAGCAGUGCCCUUUGUCACCACCUUUGUUCUUGGUGGUCUCUCUCUGUUGGCCUUGAUUUUCCUCAAAAGAUGUUUCUUUGCCAAUAAUAAGAAGAAGAAGAGUGGAUACUCCAGACUCCCUCCUGUGCCGAGGGUUCCGGGAUUACCAGUGAUAGGGAAUUUGCUGCAGUUGAAGGAGAAGAAGCCAUACAUGACGUUUACUAAGUGGGCCAAUACUCAUGGUCCUAUCUAUUCCAUCAGAACAGGUGCUUCCACUCUAGUCGUUCUCAAUACAACUCAUGUUGCCAAAGAGGCAAUGGUGACUAGAUUUUCAUCCAUAUCUACCAGAAAGCUGUCAAAUGCCCUGAAAAUGCUCACUUCUGAUAAGACUAUGGUUGCCAUGAGUGACUACAAUGAUUUUCAUAAGAUGGUAAAAAAACACAUACUUGGAAAUGUUCUGGGAGCCAAUGCUCAGAAACGACACCGUUGUCACAGAGACACUAUGGCAGAAAAUAUCUCAAAAAGAUUUCAUGCUCAUGUGGAAGACUUUCCUGGUGAAGCUGUGAACUUUAGGGAGAUAUUUGAGUCUGAACUCUUUGGAAUAGCUUUGAAAGAGGCCCUGGGAAAGGACAUAGAACAAGUAUUAUAUGUGGAGGAGUUAAGUGGCCAUUUGACAAGGGAAGAAAUAUUCAAAGUUCUAGUGAUUGAUCAAAUGGAGGGAGCCAUUGAGGUGGAUUGGAGAGAUUUCUUCCCUUAUCUCAAAUGGGUUCCUAAUAAGAAGAUCGAAAACAAAAUUCAAACAAUGAUUUUUCGAAGAAAAGCAGUGAUGAAUGCCCUUAUUCAGGAGCAAAAAAAUCGAAUUGCUUCAGGAGAGGAACUAAAUAGCUACAUAGAUUAUUUGGUGUCUGAAGCAAAAACACUGACAGAGGAGCAAAUCAGUAUGUUGUUGUGGGAAGUAAUCAUAGAGACAUCAGACACUGCUUUGGUUGCAGCAGAAUGGGCCAUGUAUGAAAUUGCUAAAGAUCCAAAACGACAGGAUCGUCUCUACAGGGAAAUCAUAGAGCUUUGUGGAUCAGAAAAAUUAACAGAGGAUCGUUUGUCCCAGCUGCCAUACUUGAUGGCUGUUUUCCAUGAAACUUUGAGAAGGCAUUCUCCAGUUCCAAUCAUACCUUUACGUUAUGCUCAUGAAGAUACUCAAUUAGGAGGCUACUAUAUUCCUGCUGGUACUGAGAUUGCAAUUAACAUAUACGGAUGUAACAUGGACGAGAAUAAGUGGGAAAAUCCCGAAGAGUGGAACCCUGAGAGAUUUCUGGACGAGAAACACGAUCCGAUGGAUCUGUAUAAAACGAUGACGUUUGGAGCUGGGAAGAGGGUGUGUGCUGGUUCACUUCAAGCCAUGUUGAUAGUCUGCACUACAAUUGGUAGGUUGGUUCAAGAGUUUGAGUGGAGACUGAAAGAUGGGGAAGAAGAAGAUGUGGCUACUGUUGGUCUCACCACUCAUAAACUCCACCCCAUGCAUGCCAUUAUCAACCCAAGGAGUUAAAAUUAGGAGAUAGAUCAACUUGAAAGCUCUGUGAGCAAUAAUAUGGUUUGGCUGUGUGAGAAAAUAAUAAUAAUAAUAAAUAAAAAGUUAGUCAAUUAUUGGGUGAUUGAUAAAUUGGCUAUGAUUGGUAACAUCCAUCUAUAUAUAAUCAUGAAAACAUUUGAAUAUAA